AUGUUCUAUUGGCUUUCGCAGUACAGCCCAGACGAUAAGAGCGCACACCCUGCACAACCUGAGAGUCCUGCACAAACACCACAGAGUCCUGCACAACCUGAGAGUCCUGCACAAACACCACAGAGUCCUGCACAACCUGAGAGUCCUGCACAAACACCACAGAGUCCUGCACAACCUGAGAGAGUCCUGUACAAACACCACAGAGUCCUGCACAAACACCACAGAGUCCUGCACAGACACCACAGAGUCCUGCACAGCCCGAGAGAGUCCUGUACAAACACCACAGAGUCCUGCACAAACACCACAGAGUCCUGCACAAACACCACAGAGUCCUGCACAGACACCACAGAGUCCUGCACAGCCCGAGAGAGUCCUGUACAAACACCACAGAGUCCUGCACAACCUGAGAGUCCUGCACAAACACCACAGAGUCCUGCACAACCUGAGAGUCCUGCACAAACACCACAGAGUCCUGCACAGCCCGAGAGAGUCCUGUACAAACACCACAGAGUCCUGCACAAACACCACAGAGUCCUGCACAGCCCGAGAGAGUCCUGUACAAACACCACAGAGUCCUGCACAACCUGAGAGUCCUGCACAACCUGAGAGUCCUGCACAACCUGAGAGUCCUGCACAAACACCACAGAGUCCUGCACAGCCUGAGAGUCCUGCACAAACACCACAGAGUCCUGCACAGCCCGAGAGAGUCCUGCACAAACACCGCAGAGUCCUGCACAAACACCACAGAGUCCUGCACAAACACACAGAGUCCUGCACAAACACCACAGAGUCCUGCACAAACACCACAGAGUCCUACACAGACACACAGAGUCCUGUUCUCCUUCUCUCUAUUAGUAUCUCUGUAUCUCUCCCUCUUUUUGUCAGUUUGUCUGUCCUUUUCUCUAUUUAUACAUCUAUUUGUCUGUUUCUCUUCCUCUUUCAUCUUUCUUUGUAUUUUUGUGCCUGCCUGUAGUCUCUCUCUCUCUCUC